AUGCAACAGCUCCAGCUCCUGCGUCUGCUGCUCCUGCGCUUCCUGGUCCUGGGUCACUGCCUGUGUGUGCCCCUGGGUGGCCAGUGUGUGGACAAGAGCUUCUGCACUAGCAGCCUGGAGGACCUGGAGGAGUACCACGCACAGCUAGUCAGCCUGCCCAACCGCCUCAACGAACGCAGUGUAGCCGCCUGGACCUACGUACAAAACAUCGACUUGAACCGGGUUCCUCAGGUCCUGUAUGAAGCCAACUGCCUUGAAAGCCACUCCUGUAAGGGUUUGGACAGCACCCCCAGCCUGGAGACAAUCCCCAUCACCCUCAGGAUGCCCGUGUUGAGGAAAACCCCCCACUGUGCCUCCUUCUCCCUGGAGUUCGAGCCCAUCAAUAUAGCCUGUAUAUGCGCCACUUCCAGACAAAGCUGAUUUCGAACUGCUCGAUUGUAAAUUAAAGUAUUUAUUUAUUUUGGUUAUAAAUGUUGAGGCUAUAAAUGAGAUUUAAUGUGUGUUUCGAAUGUUUUUUUUGACAUAAGGGUAAAGAUGUAUUAUUAUUGUUAUUAUUGACAUCACUCAGUCUAAGUUCAAACUCAUGUUAGUUGUUUGCUAUGACAUUGAAAAUAUCUUGGUCAUUGGUCAAGAAUAAAUCAAAUGUUCACUUACCAUCUGCUUAAAGCU